AAUCCAAUCGUCCUUAAAGUUCUGGUUUUAGUUGCAGGCCAAAGGCAACCGACCCCACCGAGUCCAUGUCCAUGAUAAGCUCCGGAUCAUGAUGCCACGAUCCACCUGAGACGGCCGUUGACAUUGAACGAACGGAUUCUGAUUCUGAGGUUCAAAUGCGACAAUUUCUCUCGGCAGGCCGGAAUUUUAGCUUCUUUCAAUUUUGUCAUCUUUCCAUAUUCUAAUCGUCAUUAUUAUAUAGUGGAUGGAUUAGUCCCACAUCACCUUCGGAUUCUCUCUCCUCCUGUUUGCUUUAUCUCAUACACACGACCAAUAAGGAUUUUAGGGUUUUCUAUGGCUUGAUGAUGAGUUUUGUGGCAGAUAGGAGGCUUAAAGGGGCAGUUAUAUGGAUGUAGAUUAUAGUAAACAGGCUGUUGGUGGGAUUGCUGCCCCAAAAAAGAGAUCAGUGACUGCUUUGAAAGAUACUGCUGGCUCUCAAAAUGGAAGUCCUCAAUUCUGCAACCGAAUUGGUUGCUGUGGCAGACUUAACCACACUAAAGUUGCUAAAAACAAAUGCCUAGAGAAGCCAAAAGCUUCAAGUUCAAAGCCUUCCCUCCGUUCAUCUUCUCUCAAGGAAGUUACAGGAAGCUCAUCAAAGACUUGUUCUUCAGUGACCAAUGUGAAAAAACCUCCACCAGAAUCCGAGAAAAAGAAGAUAGAAAGGAUCCCUAAAGACUCAAGUAGUCUUCCAAAAGAGUCUGGAAUUCAAGAACGUAAGUUGAAAUCUAGAAACACUGAAGUUGCAUCAUCAAGCUCAAGGGUUAAGAAGGUUUACACUCAAAGUGGUUCCUCUGUGAUGGAAAAUAGUCAAAACGAGUCAAACAAUGGCAGGAGGAGAAGAUUCUUUCAAGGAGAAAGCAGUUCAUCUGGUAAAGGGAAGAGAGUCAUUGGGGUAUCAGCAAAUGAAGGACGCCCUGUUGUCUCUACUUCUGGAAUUUCCAUUUCUGACCCUAAAAACUCAAGAAACUGGACCGCUUGCAGAGCAAACAGUGUUUCAUCAGUGAGGACAAAGAGGUCAUUGAAGAUGGACCCUUCAAAAGAGUCCAUUGACUUAUCAUCAGUCAACUCUGCUGAUGUGGUUUCUGAUUCAUCGCAUGUUGAAACACUUUCAUCUUCAGAAGAAACUUCUGUUACUUCUUCAGAUCAUCCUGUUGUCCGAUUUGUGAAUCAAAAUGGAACACGAAGCUAUAACAUUGAUGGGAUUGCAGAUGUACUACUGGCACUUGAUAGGAUUGAACAAAACGAGGAGUUAACAUAUGAGCAAUUACUCUCACUUGAAGCAAAUUUAUUCCUUGGUGGGCUUAACUUGUAUGAUCAACAUAGGGACAUGAGACUGGAUAUUGAUAACAUGUCAUACGAGGAACUACUAGCACUUGAAGAGAAAAUGGGUACAGUGAGCACAGCAUUAUCUGAAGAGGAAUUAUCAAAAUGCAUUAGAAAAAGUGUGUACGAGUCUGAUGAAAAAAUGAGGCAUAGUUUGGGUGCAGAGGACAACAAAUGCAGUAUUUGUCAGGAGGAGUUUGUGAGAGGAGAUGAAAUAGGAAGACUGGGAUGCAAACAUGGUUACCAUAAUUCAUGUAUAAACCAGUGGCUCGCAUUAAAGAAUUGGUGUCCAAUUUGCAAAUCUUCACCAAAACCUUCUUCAUCUUCUUCUCUUUUAUAAAGAAUCCGAUAUGAUAAUCGUACAAAUCACAUGUCAUUUUAGUCUUUCAUUUUCUUUUCAUAUGUACAUACAUUAAAACAUAGAUUUCUUUUUGGAAAAAAAAACCCAUUAAACCCAGGCUUCUUAUAUAUAUAGCCUUGUGGACCCA